GCAACUAGUUGCCAUAACACCCAAACCGAACGCUGACGACGGAAUUAAAAUCGAUAAUUUGAGUGAAAACAAACAAAAAUAUAGUUAAUAUAAACAAAUAUCGAAAUAUUUUAGUUGGAAUUUAUUGAAAAAUAUACUUGCAUUUUAAUAGCAGUUGUUGUUGUAGAAAAAGAAGAAGAAGAAGAGAAGAAGUGGUAAAAAAAAUCAGAUUGUUAUUGUUUGCCAUACAUGGUCUCCAAAAACUGUUUGUCCUGCAAUAGCCACCUAAUCUGCAGCCCUUCAAACACACCAGCCUUAGUUUUCUCACAAGACAAAACUGGAAACUUUCUGCUUAAGUAUUUGAAGCAGUCACUGUCUCAGUGUUUCAGCACAUUCUAAAAAUUAUAUGGGGUGCCCAAGCUUUGUCUUGAUGACCCAGUCUCAUGCCAAAAUGAUCCAGCCCUGAACUGAAAGCCUAUAUCCAGUUAUGAAUACGAAAAACAUAGCAGUGCAAACGAAAGAUCCUUUGGAUCCAUGCACACCACUUCUAAGCAGCUGGAAACGGGAAAAUAUUUUUCCGGCAGCUAUAAAAGAAGUUUAUGUAAUUUUUCGUUAUGGAUCUGAAAGUAAACAGAGCUUUCGCAAUGCCUGGGUUUUACAACAAAAAAUCAUUCAGAAUUAUGGUGGAAAAUUUAUUGGAUUUUCAGAUAACAUUGUGAACUUGGAGAAGUCUGAUUGGCCAAGUAACCACUGCAUUGUUAUACUCUGCUUCCUAAGCCUUGAGCAAGCAAUACGUUGGAUAAACAGUGAUCGAAUAUUUAAACAACAGGAUAUGGAAUAUGAAGCAUUUGUUGUCCCUUUACAAUAUAUUCCUGAUUUGGCUUAUACCACAUUUAUGCUAAUGGAUAUUGAAGUACAGUUUCCAGAUGAAUUAAUUACCAAGUUUGAGAAAGAGUAUGUCAGGCCUGCAGCAGCCGUUAUGGAUAAAUUUGAAGUUGCUCAUGGUGUUGUUGCCUCUAAUGAUAUUCAUCAGUUCAGACAAACUACCUGGGAUAUUCAGGGCAAAACUAUAGUAAUCCACCAGUUCAAGUCAGACAGUCACUUUUAUGAUUUUUACCAAAGUGAUGAAUACCAAAACUUAAUUGAUGUCAGAAGAAACUUAUACCAUUCAAAUGUGAUCAUGUUCACCCUUAUCAAUGACCCUCCUCUGUUUACCAAGGGUUAGGUUUUACUAAUGUGAUGCUUCAAGUUGUUCAUUAGUUGCUUCCAUGGUGCUUCAUUUUCUGAGAAUUCUUCCUCGAUGUUGUUCCAAUUGAAAAACUGUUGCUCCUGUCUGUUUAUUUGCAACUUAGAGCUAGAACUGUAAAAAGUCAACUCAAAUAAAAUUUGAAUGAAACAUUUCAAAAGUUUACUUUGUA